AUGGGUGAGGAAGAAGAGAACGACGUGAUCGCCUCUGCCUUCAGCACUGAGGCGAUCCUGGAGGCGGUGUCGCGUGCUGUCGCGUUCACGUACGAAAAGUGCUCACUCUGCGGCAACAUCAUUGAAGGGGAAAUCGAACAUGUUCUGCGAGAGCACCCGCAUCUGAAGCAUAUUCACGCAAUGGUAGCAAAACCCAUACCACCCCUCUCCGCUUGUAGAAGCCACGGCGCGGCUGCGAUGGAUCUCGGCUCCUUCGCAGUUGCAACGUCGAGCAAGGCUGAUCGUGGCGAGGCCGCCUUCCGUGUCGUGCACCGCGCGCAGGCACAGCUCCAUCGCCUUCUGAGUGGGAUGCACGGUUGUGAAGGCCACGUGUACCCGUUCGGCAGCAUUGUCUCAAUGGGCUCGUGGGACGGCAUCGGCGAUGGCGACUUUUCUUUCGUGUGCCCGGAGUUGUGCUACGCGCCACCUCAGGAUGAGCAAACGGUGGUGCCGGAGGAGGCUGUGGAACAGGACAGCGACGACGAGACGAUGACGGAAGGGAAGAAAGGUUAUGAGGUGCAAGAAAGCUCAGCCAGUGGAGAAGCUGAUACCACCGGUGCAGUCGCCGCCACCGCGCUGCGUCACAUGGACCCAGCGGAAUCUGUUGAGAACGCCGCUAUGGAGAAAGUGCAGUCGUCUAUGCAACCCCUGUGCGACGAGAAGCGUAUUAUUCACAAGAUCGCGGCGCGGCUUCGAGGUGCCGGCUUCCGCUUUGAGGAGCUGGACCUCGUCUUGCGCACUCGCAUCCCUGUAGUGCGGCGUAAGCGGGCCGAACAAGAACCUCCCCCUCUGAACCCUGUGCCGCAGGCGUCAUUCAUUUGUAUUCGCUUUGACACGGCAAGCGCCGAAAAUGAGUUCCGCAAAGAGCGCCUGAAGCGCCUCAUCUACAUCUACAAGGCUACGGAGAUCCUGAGCCGAGGCCGACAGCGGGGUCGCUCGCUUGUACUAUCUGUCCCAGAUUCUACCGAUGCCAUCCAUCUCAUGGCGCAGCGGGAACGCAUACGCGGCGUGCGGAAGGAGUGGCUGGAUAACCACCGCUCACCAGAGAUUUUUUCCAUCGACUUUGAUAUCUCGUGCCGCCAUCAUGGUAUACGCAACAGCUGGCUGCUGCGGCGGUAUUUCGCACAAGACGAAGUGUUCCGCGUGGGCAAUGUCUUUCUCAAGAUGUGGAGCAAGGCUUGUGGAGUGAACAACUCCCGGGUCGGCUUCUUGACCUCGUACUCGAUCUCCUUGUUGUGGAUUUACUUCCUGCUGCGUCGUGGCGAGGCCGCAUUUGUGAACCCUGCCGAUAUCCCAGAGCUGCCAAACCGAGAGGAGCACAUGGAAGUGUCGUACAUCCCGCUAUGGCCAGCAGUGGCCAACGCUAAGGCCAACGCAGAUCGGACGUCACGCCUCGGGGGUCUACUACAAGGCUUCUUCUACUUCUACGGAGAGGAGUUCUGCUGGGACACGCACGUUGUGACGAUACGCAAACCGUAUGACAGCGCCACCGCUAUUCCCACCAAGGAGGACCUUGGCUGGGACAAAUCUGACACGCUGAGCCUGGUGCUCAGAGACCGCUGCUACCACAUCUUCUCCAUCGAGGACGUAUACGAAGAGGACCUCGACUUAGGCAGGCAUCUUACACCAAACAAAGCGGCCUGGGCACGCCUCCAGUUUCGCCUCGCCUAUCGGCAGUGUUGUACGGCUUGGCGCGCUGGCCCAGAUGCAGAGGCGUCACCGUUGUGGCAGCUUUUCGACACGCCGCGGAAGCGUGCAGAAGACGUGCUGCGUGCCCGCCUGUACGCGUAUCUCCUGCGCAACACCAAGGACGCCGCGGCACCCAUUGCCAAUAUCCUCGAGCAGCUGUGCGUGAGCAAUGAGUCCAAAGCAGGGAAUGUGUCUGCGGAAGAAGAUCCCAUGUACCUUCCCUGUGCAUACGAGCUGGGCAACCGACUGUGUGACCUCUGGUUCGACAGUGCUCAAGUCGCGCAGGACAUUGCAUUUCACAAAAUGUACAUCCGACGCAACACGGACUACACCCCGCCGGAAAACCCCAUGAUGCACGGCGAGUGGGCCGCCGUGUGCACCGAUGACCUCCAAGAGCAUCAUGACCCAAAAACUGCGCAUCAGCAGCGCAGUGUACGACUGGCCCCACCAGUGAGGAAAGACUCUGAUACUACUGCGUCAAACCUCCAGGCGAUGUGCGCGUCAUCGCAUGAACGAACUAUGCAGCUCGUCACGUCACGCCGUCAGUAUGAAGAGUGUGUGCUGAUGCUGAGGAAGCAUCCGCCGAUACCCAAGCAGCCCCCGGCCGCUGUGGUCGGUGUGUCUCUUAAGGACCACGCUGGCACGUUGUAUCCCCACUGCUUCUACCCCCUUCAGGGCCACCGACUGUUCGGAACAUACGAGGCUCGCGCAACCUUCAUACGCUGCGUCGGGGACGUGGUCGAGGAGCUGGCGCGGCUUCGUGGUAACAACACACCUAGGGAAUUAGAACAGGGAGGCAAUGUGCUGCACAACCGCGAGAACCUCUUGUUGCAUCUCAAGAAGCAACUCUGUCCCAGCACAGUAGCCACAGAUCCAACCUACAAAGCAGUGCUUAAGUUUAUAUGUCUCCCGACGGAGCCCUACAUUCAAGCUACGCAACUGCAGCCCCAGGGCAAGGAGCCACCAACGCUCCACCCGACACCGCUUCUCCUCAGCCUUGCUAAUCGAAAUAGUAGCGGCUUCAGUGUUGCAGCGAAGCCAAAGGAUUCCCGCGCGCCCCCGCCGCUCCACCUGUAG